AUGGCUUCCUACCAGAAUGUCGACCCUACGACCAAACGAGAAACAACUCCCACUUUGAAGGUUCUUGACAACAUGACUGAUGAUGGCAAGACUCCUCGAGCUUCUGAGCUCUCGCCACAAUCAGACAUUGAGAAUAUGCUUGACAAGCUUCGACUGAAUGACUCCAGGAAGACAACACCUGUCGACGUGAAGACAUCAGCUGCCACCCUCAGCCAUAACGCUAUCACCACAGGAACCCGCAAGACCUCCUUCGUGAAAGAGGCCGACCUGAAGACCGAGUCCAAUGUCAGCAGUGCCAGAGACGACAGAUUCAGUGGCUCAGAGCUGUAUACACCAGCUACCGAAGCCUUCGAUGAGUCCAUCAAGGCUUCGAGUGAGAUGGAACGAGUUAGAAGAGAACUUGAAGCCGCAAGAUCAGUCAUUGAUCAGCAAAAGCGGGAGCUUGAAGAAACUCGUCAAUUCAAGCACACUAUGGAACAAGCUUUGCCUAGUCCUUCGGAGGCAGAUUUUCCUAGGGGUGACAACCAUAUGCCAUCUAUCCAGAGUGCUUUUGAUGUCUCAUCUCGACCAUACUCUAGUGUAAACUGGUCCAAUCGUGACAGCCAAGGUGUUGAGCUUCCUGGAAAUCUGGCACAUGCUGUUCGCCGACAAUUUGGGGCACCAGUCAAUGCCUCUCGCCACACAGGUGACUUUCGUGGCCACAGCUUCGAUGAAACUGCUGCCCUGUAUGGCUCCGGAACUACGACGUACGAUACUACACGAAACCAGGCUGCUCAACGAACCUUCUCUAGUGAUACUAUGGGUCCGUUGUCGCCAGGUCUGCCACCGAUCUCUACUGCUCAUUUGAGUGAGAUCUAUCAAGGCCCCAACAACAUGGGCCGAGCUUUCCAAUACAGAUCAAACUAUGCUCCAGCCUCAACCUAUGGUGCUAUUGGCACGGAGCCACUUUCUGCUGGCAGCCAGUAUGCUGCUUUGGCGCCUGAUGUUAUGCAGCUGCAGAUGAAUCAACACUUGCUUGCUGCUGGCCGUCCUUUGGCAGGCAUGAUGGCUUCUUCUCCAACCACGAGCGACUUUGGUGGAGUUCAGGGAGCGAGCAUGGUACCCUAUGGUACACAAAAUCAUGUUCAGACCUAUGUCACGCCUCUCGAACCCAUGAAUUAUCGACGAUUGCUAGACAAGUCAGUCUCUUGUGACUGGAAGUAUAUUGUCGACAAAAUUGUUUGCAACAAUGACCAGCAGGCCUCCAUUUUCCUGCAACAGAAGCUGAAAGUUGGCACAGCUGAGCAGAAGUUUGAUAUCGUCGAGGCGAUCAUCAAUCAGGCUUACCCUCUCAUGAUCAAUCGUUUCGGUAACUUCCUUGUUCAACGAUGCUUCGAGCAUAGCACGCCCGAUCAAGUCAUUGCCAUCGCGGACGCCAUACAUGGCAACGUCAUCUCUCUGAGCAUGGAUCCUUUUGGCUGUCAUGUUAUCCAGAAAGCUUUUGACUCUGUUCCCGAGUGUCACAAGGCUGACAUGGUUCGCGAGCUCCUCCGUCGGAUUCCUGACACUGUCAUCCAUCGAUAUGCUUGCCAUGUCUGGCAGAAACUAUUCGAGCUUCGAUGGAGUGGCGAGCCACCUCAAAUCAUGGUCAAGGUCAACGAGGCUCUUCGAGGCAUGUGGCACGAAGUCGCUCUGGGCGAGACAGGAAGUCUGGUCGUUCAGAACAUCUUCGAGAAUUGUGUUGAGGAGGAGAAGCGACCGGCCAUUGAGGAGGUAAUUACCAACAUUGACCUCAUUGCCCAUGGACAAUUCGGCAACUGGUGCAUUCAACAUCUGUGUGAACACAGUGCCCCUCCUGACAAGCGACGAGUGAUUGACCACAUCCUGGUGAACGCCUAUGGUUACAGCAUUGAUCAAUACGCCUCCAAGGUCGUUGAGAAAUGCCUGAAGAUUGGUAGGAUCGACUUCCUGGAUCGCUAUCUCAACGUCAUCACCACUGCUCAUCCUGAUCGACCACGAAUCCCUCUUAUUGAUAUUGCUGGUGACCAGUAUGGCAACUACCUCAUCCAGUGGAUCCUGAUGAACACCAAUCAACAACAGCGAGAGCAGGUUGCCAUCCACAUUCGAAAGCACAUGGUCUCUCUGCGUGGCUCGAAGUUUGGAUCUCGAGUUGCUAUGCUCUGUUGCAACCCGGCUUCGGCCACUCGUCCUGGUCCCGGUGUCAUGGUUAAUCCUUAUGGCACUCCUGGUCAACCACGAACCCAAUAUGCUCGGUAUCGAUAG